AAACUGACUUUUUCUCAUAUUUAUGUGAACAACUCGGAGUUUUUGUAUUCAAUUGAAAAAGCAGACUUGCAAUUGGCGAGGUUUGAAUGUAUUUCACUUCGUCACAUGACAGCUCGCAUAUCUGUCAAGUCAGAAACGUAAACAAACACGGACAACCGCCCGUAAAGAUUGUGUGCAGAAUAAUCGUAAUAUUUUAUGUGAAAACUCGGGAAAAGGAAAAAUAUCAUAUCAUCCCGAAAUUUAGUAACAUUCGUCCGAGUAUGAUCGAGCAGCUGUGUGUGUGUGUGUGUAUGCCGACGAAAUACGACGCCGUUUCUACAACAAUCACUAAAGCCGGCUGUGAUCGUGAUCGGCACAUUCUCAACUGGACCAACACACCGGUCGUUGUGUAUCUUCAAGCAAACCAACGUUUCCAUACACCACAAAAUAGCAUGGAAAGGACAUUGGAUCACCGCAUCGACAAGUGGUUUUUAUGUGCAAGUGUUGUUCGGUGUAUUAUGUGUUUUAUUUUAUUUGUAUCGCUUUACAAGUGGUACAUUUAGAGCGUUUAAUCGUUGUGCUACUGCUAACGAAAAAACGAUCCGAGCAUUAGAAGCGGCAACAAUACAUGUGCCUGACGCAGAGACAACAACGCCGUCGGCAUCAGUUGAUACCAUCCAAAGUGAUGGUUGAAAUCGUAUAUAAACGUGUAAAACCAUAUAUUGGGGCAUGUAAGUAUUGAAUAAUAGUUAAAUAAAAUACAUUUUAUCGUUGUACUGGACAAUGUGCAUCGAAAUUUUAAAAAAGUGUGUGUGUUUUUGUUUACAUCCGAAUACAGAACCCACAGCGUUAUACUGUGGUUCGAGCACUCGCUAAGUAACGCUUGAGCUUUGAGCUUUCAUUGAGCUUACAUAGAAUGUUACACGCUACCUGCUCACUAAGGACUGCUAUCGAGCAGUGUUAUGAGCAGGUAGCGAGCAGUAACGCCUCCAUACAAAAAUCGCGAAACGUAACGCUCCAAUGCUAUUUGGGCUGUUUAUUCACUUCACACUUCACCAAAACACACCGGCGCACGAAACUUUGAACGAA